AUGCCCAUUUCUCCAGCUGAGGCCUUUGAGGAGCAUCACCUGCAGCGCGAUGAUGGAGACAAAGUCAUUCCACCAUCUCUAGCCCUUGUUGCUGCGCUUGAAUCUGGUCACCGUUUUAAGCUCUCUUCUGUAGAAGAGGCCGCUGAUUCCGCAAAAUAUCGUGGAUUUUUGACCAAGGAAGAGUUUGUUUCACUAUGUGAAAAAAACACUGAUAACUGUUUGGACGCAGCUUUGAUGGCGAAGCACAUUUCUGUGCUUGCACCCGAUGGCUUCUUUACUCGAGCCUCACUUCAGGGGGCCGCUUCAAAGGCAGCUUCAAGUCAGGAUUCACUGAGCGUUGACGAAGUUGAUGCGCUUUUUGAUCUUCUAGACAGUGAAAAUACCGGUUCUAUUCCUGCCGAAAGGCUUAUGGAGGCUA